GUGAUUGGGUGGAGGCGGCUCCACACCUCCACACCUGUGGUCUGGGACACUGAGACUGAUGUUAGCCAGGAGGACACGAGCUCGGGAAGCGUUAGCCCGCCCGUUUACCAGGUCCUGAAAGAUUCGAAUGCACAGUCAGUGCUGAGCACCUGGGGGCAUUUAUCAGGAUAUUGUCAGGAUUUAGAUGGAGGAAGUGCUCAUUUUAAAGCCAACGCCUUCUUCCAGUUCUUCACAGCGGGAAGUAGCUUCUCCAUUGCCGCUGGAUGCUCAGAAAGAUCCAGAUCCGCAAGCAUCCUCUGCAGCGCCUGCGAUUGAUGAUGUGGUUGCAGCUCCACCGCUACCUCCGCCUCCCCCUCCCCCUCCUCUCCCUCCACCACCACAUCUCUCUUUGACUUCCUUUGGCCCUGGAGAUGUCCAGAAACGUUCCAUGAAGAAGCUGAACUGGGACACCAUUCCCAGCCAGUUUGUUGUGGGCAAGCUAAAUGUGUGGACAUCCAAACGCCCCCAGAGGGACUUGGUGCUGGAUAUUCAAACGAUGGAGGAGUUAUUCUGUCACACUGACAAAGAGGCAUCUCUGUGCAGUUCACGAUUCAGGAGCUUGAGAAGGGGUUAUAGAAUAGACCCCCCUUCACCAGGACCUCAGGUCAGAAUUCUGGACUCCAAGAAAAGCAUGAAUGUUGGAAUCUUCCUAAGACAUUUCAAGAGGCCCGUGACAGAAAUAGUGGCGGACAUCCAUCAGGGAAACUGGCUUAGAUUUGGAGCAAACGGGCUAAAGGAGCUCUGCAAGCUGCUGCCAGAUGAAAGUGAGGUGAAGCAGCUGCUGUCAUUCAGUGGGAAGCUCUCCCUGCUACCUGAGGCUGACCAGUUCAUGGUUCAACUCGUUAAAGUACCAAGUUAUGAGCAGCGUCUAAAAACCAUGAUGGUGAGGGAGGAAUUCUUUCCUUUCAUGGAGGAAGUGAAAGAUUCUGUUUCUGUCAUGACCAAAGCUGCUCAGGAGUUAUUGGACUGCGAUGACCUCCACUCAGUCAUUCGACUGGUGUUAAAAGCCGGGAAUUACAUGAAUGCUGGUAGUUAUAGUGCCAAUGCCAUUGGCUUUAGGAUGUCUUCCCUCCUGAAGCUGGCAGACACCAAGGCCAACAAACCAGGGAUGAAUCUAAUGCAUUAUGUUGCUAAGCAAGCAGAGGACAUUGACACGGAGUUGCUGACUUUUCCCACCCAGCUUCCUCACAUUGGGAGGGCAUUAAGGAUUUGUAAAGACGAGGUAAUUGCAGAUUUUGACGCGGAGGUCAGUAAGAUUGAAGAAGUAAAACGGUUCAGCAGCAAAGAGCCAAGCCUCUUAAAGCAGAUGGGGACCUUUCUUUUGAGGGCUGAACCCAAGCUUGCAGACUUGGAGAGGUCUCUGCAGGAGCUGAAUGCACUGAGUGAUGCCGUUGCUGAGUAUUUUUGUGAAGAUCCAGCGGCCUUUAAGCUGGAGGAUUGCUGUUCCAUCUUUAACUCAUUCUGCAGGAGGUUUGAGACAGCUGUGCAGGAGAACCGAGAGCGAGAGGCGAAGGAGCAAAGACACAAGCGAAAGGAAAGCACCAGAUUUGCAGCAAAACGGCGCUCCACAGGAUCUUGCACAGGCGCAGAAACAAUUGGUGACUCUGUGUGCUUGGAGUCGUCGCUACGCAACCUUCUCUCCACGGUGCCCAGCAGUUUCUCCAGAUGCAGGAGGAACGGACCGCUUCCAGCCGGCGUGCUGCCUGCUAAAGGCGGCUCUCCCCCUGCAGAAAGGGCUGUGUCAACGCCCCGCCACAGCAAGGCGAGCCCGGAGAAAAAACACGCCAAGUUACCAAAAACGGACGAGCAAACGGCGAAACAAAAAAACAAAGACUCUGAGGAUGUGCACGAGAACAGUCGGACGGUUCUUCACUUGCAAAAGAGAAGAAGCAGUCUCGAUGGUCACCUUAUUUCAGGAAGUUGCUGUCAUUCAGAGAAAGGACAAGACAAACCUUCUACGCCGGUUACCCCUCAACCUAAAACCAGAGACUACUUCUUUGUCAACGAUGGGGAUAUGGGUUCACCGUGGACCAUCCUGAGCCCUGUUCCCAGCUCUCAAAGAACGCAACACAUACGGAACCUGACGCCAUCGACGCCCAGCAGGAAGGAUCUCGCCGAUGGACUCUGGGAAACUGAUAGCAGCUUCCAGCCCCGCCCUCCUAACCGGGACGUCCCAUCAUCUCCUUCCAAUGGCUUUCCCCAUCAAAGAGUUUUAUUGCAUGGCCCACUUUCAAGAUCUGCUUCAACUGAUGAAGCGCAGCAGUCUUCUGCCUCCAGAUCCCGACUGGGACACCUGUUCCAGAGGAGUAUGACUCAGAUACCUUACUCUUCUUGCUCAAGAGAUGCAAAUAAGAGAGAAGAUGGAGGUGGUAUUGAGGGUUCAUCUGGAUUUAUCUCCUUCUUUAAGCGUAUUGGAGGCAGAAAUAAGCCCGGUGAGCCAGAGGAGCCAAAGAUGUGAUUCGAUUAAAAUUGAACUUGGACUGAAACAAAGCUUUGUCGUAUAUUUUUUUUCUGUUUUAGAUUGUUUGUCUUUAUUCUUUUAAUUUAUUACAUGUCAACCUUUUUGUCGAAACAAGGCAAUUAUGGACUUGCUUUGAUCCUGUGAAGGGUUGGAUUUUUAUGUGGUCAAACCACAACCAAAAAUUUCAAUAUCUGUCUUUGUUUUGUGUGUUUUUGUACACAAUAAACAGUAAAAUUUUACAUUUUAAAUCAAA